ACUACUCGUAAAUCAGUGGGCUACUUUGACCGCGAUUGGGCGGGUUAUUAGGCUCCGAUUGGGCUUUUUGUCAGCCAAUCUAGCAACACUGUUCACCACCAGGUGCUGUUAACUUAGCCCCAACCACAGAGCACAUCACCGGUGAUUAUAUCUUAUAGUUAAGUUUGAUUAAAAAAAAUAAAAUAAAUAAAUACUGUUUAAAAUGUGUUACAUGAUUUACCUUUCAAUGUUUGUUAUUUUACCGCUGUUGACCUCCGCUGAUGGCGGAUCACCGCGGCGGUUGGAGGCUUUCAAUCAAACAACCAAGGAGAUGACUAAAGUUUCUCGGGGAGAUACGCCGACUCUGCCGCCGCCAUACCUCCAUCUCCCCGUGUUCGUGGACUCAAGCCUGCCGCUGGUGGAGAAGGAGCAUUUCUCCCCAGCCAGAGGCACCGGGCAGGAGCCUGUACCUCAGGCCGUCCGGGAGAUCCUGAUCCCGGUUCGGCGGCCCUACGCCAGUCCGCCCAGCGUUUCGGGAGUUUCCGUGAAGACUUCGUGCAAGCUGAACAAAAUGAGUGUGCAGGUGCGGAGGAGCGUGUUAGGCACCGGCGAACCGCACACCCGGCUCAAACUGGGGACAUGCCAAGCCAGUAAAUCUACGAGGGAUUACCUUUACUUCGAAUAUGAUUUUGGCAUGUGUGAAGCCAAACGCACGAUGACUGAUAACCAGGUGGCCUAUUCAAACACACUGCAGUAUGAUCCACCAACGCUCCAAGGACCAAUCAGGCGAGCUGUGCCCUUCACCCUGCCUGUGGCAUGUUAUUAUAAAAGGUACCAGUACUCCUACAAAAUUGGCUACACACCAAAGCUGCGGAUGCGCAAGAUCUUCAAAUCAAUGAAGAACAGAGCAAAAUUCAUUCUUACUCCACGAAAUGCUCGGUGGGAAAGGCUCUCCCCGUCAGAUCAGUACGUGCUCGGAAAGCCCAUGUACUUUGAGGCUGAGGCUCCGUCCAUGUCCCAAGACAAAAGACUGUACGUCCAUUCGUGUUACGCGACUCCCGAGAAGUCCCACACCUCCGAGCUUCAGUUUCCAGUUGUGAAAAACUUUGGGUGUAUGGUUGAAAGCAAGGACAGCCACUCUAGAUUCAUCCCAUACAAAAACAAUGCUGUGAGAUUCUCUGUGGAUGCCUUCUUGUUCAAGGGAAAGACAGACCAGCUCUACAUGCACUGUGCCAUGUCUGUGGGCAGUUCUGUGCCCUCACCUACAGCUAAGUCCUGCAACUACGACACAAAAGCAGGAAGAUGGGUUGAGUUGUAUGGAUCAGACUCGGUGUGCACCUGCUGCGACACCAACUGCAGCUCUGCUGCAUCCACAGUGACUGAAAUAAUCAGCAGCAGACCGUGGACAAUAGAGCCUAAAGUGAAACCCACCACAACCCCGAAAAGGAAGACAGUUUCCACCACCAUAACACCAGCACCACAACCAGAGAUGGCCAGAGAGGUGACUGAAUGGAGCAAGACUUCACAGCCUGAAGCGAUAGCAGUGACUCUGAUGGGUAAGGGGGAGAGUACGGUGAAGGACUUGGAGUGGCCCUUCGGAGGUGGAGGAGUGAAGUGGGUCGAGGUGGAAGGUGAGGAGAGGCGGGUGAAGGGCUCUGCUGUGGUGGAGGAGGAGGUGGUCACAGAACCGCACAGAAUAUUUGAAGAAAUCUUUGAUUUUGACUAAUAAAGCUGACAUAUCAAUAGUGAUAAAUUCAGUACACGCGGCUUCAUUACACAAUGCCUAAUGAGCUAUAAGCAAUAGUCUGAAGGUCUUUAAAUAUAUUUUUGCAAAUGUUUUCCGUAUUCUGUAAUAACUGUGGUAUUUGCCACAUUGAAU